AUGAAGAAAUCAAUAUUUCGCUUGCUUGGCCUGGCUGCUUCUGCGGGUGGCCAGGCCCUCGAGCCCUCUGGGGCUUUGCAACCUCGCGAUACAGUGACCACUUUGGCUGCGCCUCUGAGUCUUUCGCCUUCGCAGUUCUGGGAUGGGAAUGAUGGGGAAUGGACAUCUUACAAUCUUCGGCUGGGAGCACCUCAGCCCCAGAACGUACGCGUCUUUCCGUCGACCAAAUCUAAUUAUAUAUGGGCUAUAGAUCCACGAGGCUGCCCUGAUCAAUGGUAUCCAGGUCAAGAUCCUGUCAAAGAUUGCGAAGACAACCGCGGUGGCUUUUUUGAUGGGAACAACUCUGUGGGGUGGACAGAGCUGUCAGUGUACAAACUCCACGUCGACGAAGACAUCGGAUACGAAGGGGCGAACGGUGUCUUCGGCUUUGAUCAAGUCGGACUCGAUUACCUCGGAGCGGGCGGCAAUCUGAACCACCAGUUGAUUGCGGCAACUGCGUAUCCAGGCUUCUGGUUCGGUGUCUUACCACUGAACCCUCGGCCGGUAAACACUUCAGACAUGAACAGUCCCCAAAAGAGCUUUCUUCAAUCGCUGAAGGAUGCCAAUAACAUUUCAAGUCUCUCAUGGGGUUAUACUGCCGGUGCAAAAUACCGUUCUGAGAAUUUCUUCGGUAGUUUGGUCCUUGGUGGUUACGAUGCGGCGCGCUUCGACAACUAUACACAGAUUACGGUGCCUUUCAGUGCCGAUACUGAGAGAGACCUGAGCAUUCAGGUAAACAGCAUCAAAACAAGUUAUACCUUGGGCUCCCUAACAGCUGGAGCGAUGACUUUCGUCAUCGACUCGACGGUCCCGUAUAUUUAUCUGCCAGAGUCCUCCUACAUGCAACUCGAGAAAACAUUCGGCCUAGAAUGGAACGACACGGCCGAACUGUACUUGAUCAACAAGACCCAAUACAAUGAUCUCAUCCGACAAGAGUCCGAGAUAACGUUCAACGUGGGGACAACCUACACCACCGACAUCGUGUUCCCGAUCGCAGCCUUUCUGCCGACCGCAACCUUUCCGCUGCUCGGCGCCGACAGCCCAGAAUCGUCGCACUACUUCCCCAUCAAACGCGCCAACGACACCAGGACCCUCACCCUCGGCCGAACCUUCCUCCAAGAAGCCUACCUCAUCUACGACUACGAGCGCAGCACCUUCACCAUCGCCCAAUGCGUCUGGCCCACCGACACCGCCGCCUCCCCCCCCUCCGCCCCCACCAUCAUCCGCUCCAUCAACGACACCGGCAGCAACGACCCCGCCAACCCCAACCCCAACCCUUCCAACCCCACCCUCUCCGCCGCCGCCAUCGCCGGCGUCGCCAUCGCCGGCGUCGUCGCCGGCCUCCUCCUCGCCAGCCUCAUCACCUGCAUCUGGCUCCGCCGACGCCGCCGGCGCCGCGCAUCUUCCUCCCGCCGCGGCCGCCACUCCUCCACCGCCACCACCUCCUCCACCGCCAAAUCCCCCACCUCCACCAACUCCCGCCUCCUCGCCACCUUCUUCCGCAACCCCUGGGGAUCCCUCUCCUCGCCCUCGUCGUCCUCCUCCCCGUGGUCCCCGUACGCCACCACUUCCGCCGGCGCCAACGCAAACGCCGCCAACAACGAUGACAACAACGAAGAAGAUCCAUCCACCCAACAAGUCGUCCCCGGCCGCUACGAGCUCCCGCACGACCCGCACGCGCCCACCCCGGCCGAGCGCGCCGCCAGCGAGCACAAGCGCCAGCGCAGCAGCGAGCUCGACGCCGAGCUGAGCGCCGUGCACGAAAUGUGCCAGCACCAGCAGCCGGUCGUCGUCGUCGGCAGCAACAACAACAAGGAGGGGGAGGCGCCGGCGCCGGCGGAGAUGGCGGGGGACGACGUCGGGCCGCUGCCGAUGACGACGUCCAUGGAGGGGAACGUGCUGAGGGAGGGGGUGGAGGGGGAGAGGGAGUGGCGGGAGAGGGAGAGGGAGAGGACGGAGCGGGAGCGGGAGCGGGCGGGCGGCGUGUAUGAGAUGGAUGCUGCGGCGGCGGCGACGGCGACGGCCCGCACGUUGCCGAGGUUCGGGGGGCAGCAGUUCGUGGAUCGUGCGGUGGCGGUGGCGCGGAAGGAGGGGGAGGAGAGGGAGAGGCUGGAGGCGGAGAGGGGGAGGGGGAGGGAGGCGGCGAUGCGGCGGUGGAGGCCGACUGGUAGGCCGGGGGAGGAGCUGGGCGGCGGGGUCGAUGUUGAUGGCGGGGUCGAUGCGAUUGAGAGCUUGGGGGGCGUGUCGCCGCCGUUGUCGAGUGCUGCUGCUAAUUCUGCUGCGGCGGCUGCGGCUUCGGACCGGCCGGACACGGAGAGGAGGGUUAGUGAUUUGAGUCCGAUAAGUGAGAAUAGCGGGUUCGUGGUGGGGAGUCCGACUAGUUCGUUCAGGCCGGAUUCCGGGAGCAGGAGGGUGAGUAGGGAUUAG